GACGGCCCCAUGUCAGGCCCGUCUCUUCCAGCCAAAGCCACGUUCAGCCGUUUGACAAAGAGGGGCGCGAGUCCGGGUGUCGGCGGCGGAACCAUGAGCAAGGAUUAUUCCGUUAAUCUGUCUGUGCAGCGCGUGCUGAGUCUGUGGGUACAAGGCACCGUGCCCACACUGCAGCACUUCACAGAGAUGUGGUACUGGGUGUUCCUGUGGUGUCUCUUCUCCUCACUGUUUGUACACAGCGCCGUGGGGCUGCUCAUGUGUGUGAUGCUGCAGAGGCACAAGCGAGGCCGUCUCAUUACCCUGGUGCUGAUCAGCGUUGGCUUUCUUGCCUCGAUUAUCGGAGGCGUCCUCACCAGUGCAGUGGUGGCCUGGGUGUACCGUGUCGCAGGAAAGGACAUGGCUCCUCUGGAGGCUCUGGUGUUUGGGGUGGGCCAGACCACUCUCACCGUCCUCAUCUCCUUCUCCCGCAUCCUUGCCACUCUGUGAAUGGACACGGUGGUUCAGUGACUGUCACAUCCCACUGGUGUAAGAGGUGGGUCGAGACACGACGGAUGGAUCUCCAGGGUCUGGAUGUGGCUUGGUUGCUGGAGGUAAAUGCUUUAUGGUUGGCAGCACAGGCCACAACAAAUGUGAAGAAAGGUUUCUUAAGUUCCACUGCAUUGACCAAAUGAGUCUCCAUCCAAGCCUGUGAACAGGCAGCGCUCAGAAAAUCAAGUCUCUCUGGAUCAAAAACUGCAUUUUGUUGGUUGCUGCAUUGACGACUUACAGGGAACGGAUAAAGAAAAGCUAAAGUGAUUGUCUUUGGAGGUUUGUCCUUCUAUGUUUGUUCUCCAUUGCACUUCUGGAAGGUAUUUUCUGUCAAUCCUGUAUUGCAUGGGCUUGUUCAGCGCUCAGCCACCAUAAAGCCAGAGCUAGCAGAGACCUGAGGACUGGCACCACACGCCGUACACCAACUACACUUACCACGUUAAAUUAACUGAACAUCUUUAACCAAUUCUGUUUGUGAGAUGUUUCCAUUUAGAGCAGUAUAUCAGUCAACCACCUUAAGAACGAAUGGCUUAUGCUUUGCACUUUCUAAAUGUUAACAGACCUAACCGGUGCAUCUGUGCAGGAUUUUGGGAUACUGCUGUGAUCUUGUAUAAAAUCCACCACUUUAAGGACUCUCU